AUGCGAUGCAUGUCGCGAAACGACCAUACAAUUAGUCAGGACUCUGGUGUGCACUGGGUGUGUCGAAGACAUCGCACCGAUUGUCUUUGUCAUACACAAGCGUAUCACAGGCAAGUACUUGUUUAUGAGAGAAAGGUUCAAAGGUCAGAAGAAGUGAGACUUUUUUAUGUACAGUUGUUGAGAGAUAUCAUCAAAAAUUACGAGCAGUUGAUUUUUCCAUGUUUGCACGACAUUAUUAGCAUUUCGACCAAAAGCAUAUUAGACAAGUGUCCUACAGUAAUAAUAGACAGUUAUCUGUGUGCAAAAGAACUAGCAAUGGCUACGAAACUCUAUUUUCAUUCGGUGGCUGAUUUGCUUGUUGAACCCCUUUUAAUAGCAACAAAUCAUGAUCAAUGUACUGUUAGUUAUACAGCAAUCAUUUCACUAGAUGAUGUCAUUAUGUACAGUAAUGGAGAACAAGUUCCAGAGGUAUGCACUUCUAUCAGUAGUAGACUUUUUGAUCAAGAUGUUCACGUGCGAUUAGCUAUCUACCUUGUUGUAUCCAAUUGGAUGUUAAACCUACAUGAUAGAUAUUCAUAUUUUCCAAAACUCAUUCCUUUGAUUUUGACAGCUCAAGUUGAUGAUCAUCUACCAAACCGUGAGGAAGCUGAACGUCAGUGGGAUGAAAUUGGAAAUCAGUAUAUUACUGAGAAUAUAGGACAGUUCAGGGAAACUUUGGAUUGUUUACCUGAAAAUUUAGAUCACUAUCCUCCUAAUGUUAAAAGACCAAAUUUGGGUUGCCGUUCGUUAGUUGCUGGAGAAGUGUUGAACUUACUCCCAGUUAUAAUACGGGAACUAGAUGAUGAGAAAGAAGAUAUUAGUAUUAAAGCGGGUCAAUUGUUAUGUGUGGUUGCAUUGAAUGCUGAGAAUUCUAUUAUUCAACAUUUAAAUCAAUUACUGACUGUCAUGACUAAAUGUUGUCGUCAACCAAAUCAUGUUGCAGCAAAUCAUGUUCGGAGAGGUGCUGAAAUUAUGAGUUAUUUCAUAUCACCAAGUAUUAAUCUGAAAUUUUUAAUUCCUACAAUGAGUGAUACUAAACCACAUGUAGGUCAUAUGAUAAUUUUAUCUGGACUAUUAAAAAAUGUCAAGUCAAUUGAAUUAUCAACACAUAUGAAAUCUAUUAUUACUCUUUUGGAAAAACCAGAAAUAUGUGAAGUAUGUGAUUCUCUAUUCGAAAAUUAUUUGCUUCAAGUAAUUCAAGUAAUUGGACAUGUAUUUGAUGCUUGUGAAUCAGAAUGUCAAGAAUUGUCUUACGAGUUGUUUAAAAUUUUCAUCACUGUACAAAGGACAACUUUGGAUUAA